GAGACGUAUUUACGUGUUUCAGCGCUCCUGUUUGUUGUUUCUUUCCACGAAGUGCCUUGGAAACAUUGUCUGUAAGUCCUGCGUCUGUUUUAUGAGUGUCACGUAGACGUUGUGUGUGCGUGUAAAUGUAGAAAUAGUACAGUGCUACGAUAGCUUGCUCUCCUGUUUAGCUUGCGGCUACUUAGCAUGUAGCUUCUUUGCUCGCUAGCUCACUCCUCUAAGGGAGGGUGAAAUGUUUGUGUCUCUCCUCCUCAGUAAUAGUAUUUAAUGUAUCUUAUCCCGUGUUUUUUGCAAUCAUUUCAAAUGUAAAUCUUAUUCAUGUGUGGCUUUGAAUGUUACACGGGCUGUGUACGGCUAUUUACAUACGUUUAUGAGCACUGUUUACAUGCUAUAGAGGCUUUGCAGCUGACGUCAUCAUCCACGUGACAUUAGCUUGGCGGCCGUCUUGCCGGUCACCAGUUCAGUGCCGGUCAACGACUCACACACGCUUUCUUGUUAUAUCUGCUGCUAUUUGAGCUUGGAAAUGUCGGAAACCUGCUGUGCUGGUGGAUGUAGCAAUAGACGAGGCGAUAAACCAAAUCUUAGCUUCUAUAGAUUCCCGGCAAACAUCCAAAAACGCGAUAAAUGGACCGCGGCGAUUUGUCGUGAACGAUGGAAACCUACGAUGUACACAAGGAUAUGCAAUGAACACUUCAUAUCAGGUGCAAAAAGCGAAGAUCCACUAUCCCCAGACUAUAAGCCAAGUAUAUUUGAGCAUACCCAGUCACCUCACAAACGAAAACUCAAAUGUUCAAUGGAGAUCUUUGAGAGAAGACAAAAUCUCAAGCAGCGUAAGAGAGACCGCGAGAGGGCAUUGGCAGCAGCAGCAGCAGCAGCAGCACUUGUCAAUAUUUCCCAUUCUGUCCCUUGUGAAAAUGAUCAACUACCCGCUGGUGAAGAUGUGGUGCACGCUGAGAUUCGAAAAGAAGGCAUGGUGACUACUGCCACACAGACGGAUAUCACUGGGGAAGCAAUUGAUUCCCUCACUGCAGAGUGUAAUAAUCUGCGUGCAGAACUUGAUGAACUGAAGGACAGUUUGAAACGCUGUACAUGGAGGCGAGUUGCUCCCUCCUCUAGUUUCCGGUAGUAGCCGCGUGGCAGUCAGACGCUCAAUAGUUUACACCCGAGACGUAUUUACGUGUUUCAGCGCUCCUGUUUGUUGUUUCUUUCCACGAAGUGCCUUGGAAACAUUGUCUACAACUGUGAAGAACAUCCUCUCCCUGAGCAACAGAAGUGGAGCUUCAGGAUGGUGAAGGAGGAGCCACAGACCUCCCACAUUAAGGAGGAAGACAAUGCACAACAGACCCUGCACAUUAAGAAGGAAGAGGAGUACCCAAUGACCCCCCAUUUUAAAGAAGAAGAGGAGUACCCAAUGACCCCCCAUUUUAAAGUGGAAGAGGGGUACCCAAUGACCCCCCAUUUUAAAGUGGAAGAGGAGGAACACAGCAUCAGUCAGGAGGGAGAGCAUCGUGAAUGUUUGGAGGAGUUCCCAGUGAUUGGUGUGAUUGUGAAGAGUGAAGAUGAUGAGGUCAAAGGUGAAAGUGAGGAGAAGAGAGAGGCGGAGCCUCCAAGCAGCAGCUCAACUCAACACAUGACAACAGAAGGUGAUGGAGACCACUGUGGAGGAUCACAAGCGGACAAGCUCUUAGCUCCACUAUCAGAUAGUGACGACACAACGUCUCACUCUUCUGACACUGAUGAUGAAGACUCUAAAGAUGAUAAGACAUGUCACACUGACAACACACGCUUUAAAUGUUCUCACUGUGACAAAACUUUUAAAUACCGUGGUAAUCUGGAAGUACACAUGAGAAUACACACUGGAGAAAAACCUUUUUCCUGUUCAAUCUGCAGUAAAUAUUUUACUCAAAAGCCACAUUUGAAAGUACACAUGAGAAUACACACUGGAGAAAAACCUUUUCCAUGUUCAGAAUGUGGUAAAUGUUUUGUACAAAAUGGUGAUCUUAAAGUACACAAGAGAAUACACACUAGAGAAAAACUUUUUUCCUGCUCAGAAUGUGGUAAAGAUUUUGUCCUAAAACACAAUUUGAACGUACACUUGAGAACACACACUGGAGAAAAACCAUUCGUGUGCUCAAUUUGUAGUAAAGGAUUCACCCACAGGGCACAUUUGACAAGACACACAAGAAUACACACUGGUGAAAAACCUUUUAUCUGUUCAGUAUGUGGUAAAGGUUUCACACAUGGUCACAGUUUGAAAAGGCACUCAAGAACACACACUGGAUGAAGACAUUUUCCAUGUUCAGUCUGUUGUAAAGGUUUCAUACAAAGUGGUGAGUUGAAAGUAUACAUAAGAACACACACGGGAGAGAAAGUGUAGAGUUGCAGUGUGUGUGGUGAAAGAUUAUAUUGUAAGUACCAAUGUAAGAAACACAAGUGUGCUGGUGAGAACAGCAGUAGCAAAUAAAGCCGCAGGAUUUGAAAUAAACUGUCAAAACGUUGACUAACAAUAUCAACACAUAUAACGUGUGACAUGAUUGCUGUGUGUGUAACACAAUCUUGUUAAAAUGAUUCUAACAUUAAUAAAUUAGAUAUUUUAAAUAAGUUUGUUUUUCAGUCAAGUACAUGAAAUACUAUCUAACAAUGUGUACUGUUAUUUAAAAAUGAAGUUAACGUAAAAGGGAGAGUUAACAGUAUAAAAUAUGUUACAUAACAAUAGUACAUACAUUUUCAUACACAUUCAAAAUAGUGUUUUUAUACAGUUUUUUAAAUAAAGUGUUACAUAUUUUUAUUUGUAAUUGUAAGCGUGGCCUUUUAUUGUGGGCAACCUAAGGCACACCUGCACAAUAAUCAUGUUGUUGAAUUAGUAUCUUGAUAUGCCACACCUGUGAGGUGGGAUGGAUUAUCUUGGCAAAGAACAAAUGCUCACUAACACAGAUUUGUGAACAAUAUGUGACAGGAAUAGGUAUUUUGUGUGUAUAGUAAAAGUGUUACAUCUUUGAGUUCAACUUGUGAAAAAGGCAGCAAAAACUAAAGUGUUGCGUUCAUGUUUUUUUAAUAUUUUUGUUCAGUGUACAUAGUAAUCAUUGAACAAUAAAGCAGCACAUUUGUUAAUAUAAACAAAUAUCAAAUAUUAUAGUUCCAUAUAACGUACAAAUACAAAGUCUCCGGGACAGAAGCGUAUUAGAAAGUAUCCAGUAACAAACGUGUCCACAUCAUUGAACUUGCUUAACACAAGUAAUUAUUGUGACCACAAGUUGUUGCCAAAAAAACAAAGACUAGUGAAUACUUCUUCAUUACCUAUUUGGGCAUUUCUUACUUAAAAGAUACAUCUCCUGGAUGCACUGGGACAGUGGUCCCCAACCACCGAUUGGUACCGGGCCGCACAAAAAAUAAAAA